AUGGAGCGUUGGUCGGACCCGGCACACUUCAGGGUGGGGGUGAACCUUCCUGCAGUGGAUGACGCUCCCAUAUCGACUUCUAAGUUGAUGACGACCUUGAACGAGGUGAUGGCGAGAGGGCUGAACUUGAUGAGGCUGGGACUCAUCGCUGCGCCAGUGCUUGUUCAGUGCUUCUUCAUGCACAGCGUGGGCAUCGUCAGCUGGCUCUUUCGAUUGCUGGUGGUGUACCUCAUCAUGGGCUUUGUUUGCUUUGUGUCCGUGCCCGAGCAGCUCUACAACGGGAUGGGUCUUGGCAUGUUCCGCUGGGCCUUCGAGAUCUUCUACCCCGAGAUUGCCCGGGCCAACGGGAGCCUCCAAGCGCCAGCGGAGCGGAGCGUGCCCCGCGUCGCGGGCUGCAGGAUCGACAAGCUGGCAGGUCAGCGCGCGAAGCUGAGGUGGCAUGGGUCAACAAGAUUCUUGUGCCUCACUCCAGACGGCUGGGCUGUAACUGGGGAUGAGAAACACGCCUGCGCCUUUGAGCUGCAGAACGUCUAUUGGCGUGACAAACAGGUCCCUGAUACGUACCGAUUGCGGGUCAUGGACGACUCAUCAGACUUCAGCCAGUGCUGGUUGUCCUUCAAGCCCGUCAACCAUCUCCGCUUUGGUGGCUGGCUGGCGGCCUACGAAGACGAGAGCAAGGCGAGCCCCUACAAGGUUGUCUUCGACAGCUCCUGUCCUCCAGAUGCCUGCAAGCUGCUUUGCGCCUGGACCGAUAUGCUGCCUCCCGCACAGAGAUCCUGCACAGGCUACUACGUGGCAGAGCAGAUCUGUGGCAAUCAUUUGUACGUUGGGCACGGUUCAGACAGAGAGUCGGCCAUCCUGGAUUUUGUCUUUGUGUGA